AAUUAUGUCCCUUCCUUAUCCCUAUCUUCUCAAAGAUCCAAAAAUCUGAUUGUAGCCUUUGAGCUCUCUCUCUCUGGAAAGAUUAAUCUCCAGAUAAAUUGAGACCCUUGAAAGACAGCAUAGUCUAGAAGAAAGGGAAUCCACUGUUGAGCUAAGCCUCCAAUCUAUGUUACUUGAAGCUGGUUGGACCCUUCACAUGAGAUUCACCCAUUACUUGAAUCCUCAGGUGCUAUAGAUGGGGAAUGAUGAAUUCAGAUUUGAGAAGAAAGAGAUCAGUCAGGAUCACAUUUGGAAAAUUGUUCUGCACUUUCAAUGAUCACCAAUUGCUCAGUGCCACUGAAACCCAUCUUUUUAACACCAGUUUCUCCCUGCUAAAUGGCUGUGAAUUGGAAGAAUUAAAAUUAUAAGCUAUCCUAAGGACAAUGCAGAGAAGAAUGUUGAGCGAAGCCUUGAAGGAUAUAGAUCUUCUCUGAGUCACCUUUUGUAUUGAUUAACAUUCUAUAGAUAAGUGAAGAAACAGAAUGUAGAUGGUUAAAUGCAAAGCUGUUGCUCUGCAAUUCCAGGAGGAUCUCAGGUAAUUAAUCUGGGGUUGGGGACUAAAGACUCAAUCAUGGAAUAGAUGUCUGAAGAACACCUGGUUUUCUCAGCCUCUCAGGUACCGUUCCCUCAAGAGGAAGAAAGUAAAUUUUUUGGAAAUGGGUACUAACUGACCCCCCCCCCCAUAGUUGCUUAUUAUUUGUAAUAGUAAUAAUCCCUUUUUUGUACUGGAAACUAAUUAGUUGGGAGUUGGGAGGAAGAAUGUUUAGGAAAAUUGUAGUUAUUAAGACCACUUGAAAAAUUUGAUAGACAUUUCCUUAGAGUGCAAAAAUGGAAGAAUAAAAGGAUAUUUUAUCUAGCUCCACAGGGGCAUGCCUUCGGAAUCUGAUGGAAUUACUAGGAGCUAAAAAGAAGCUCCCUUCUGUUUCCUUGAAAACGUCCUGUAAUAGUAUUAUUUCUGAAUCUAUCCUGGCUAGGCCCUUACAGAUGAAUGAAGCAAUUCUGGCUACAGGGAAGUUUGUUAUCUCCAUCAUCAUCAAUUGGAAUUGAGCUGAUAUUGGUUCCUAAUCCUUGGAGGUCUAGAAUAACCUGUUUCCUGUUCUGCUUGAAACUCCUACUGGAGAAACAUCCAACAGCACAAUGAAAAGAAGACAGAAGACUUUGCCAAAUGCCUCAGCCCAACUCCCUGGAAAAGGCCUUCCUCAUCGGGCCAAGAUGGACGCGUUACCAUGUUCCUCAAAUCGGACCAUAUUGUUAAAUGAACAAGAACAUCAGUCCAAGCCUUUGAUAAUGCCACGUCUAAAACAAAACCAAGCCAAAAUCAAGGUGUUGCCCCAUCCUGGCCACAGGAACACAUCUAUUCCCUCAUCAUGCAGCAAACACCAGAUGCCAAUUAAUCAAUUAUCCCAUGUUGAGAAUCAGCCAAUGGCUGUACCCUUACCCCAUCUUGACCAUCUGGGCUCUGCCAAGCCUACAGCCACACAAUUAUCACGCACUAAACAUUGGGCUAGAAGCACAAUUCCUUCCUUGCCAUUUCCUGAUUUUAGGGCAAGGACACCUAGUGCUAUAGCUUUACCAUGCUCAGAAAACUCUAUAACUCCUCCACUUAGCCCUGACCUCUGGAACAAGACUUCACUGGACCCAGAACACUUUCCUAGGAUUCCCCAAGGAUUUGACCACUGGGCUGAAAAUGUACAACACCUCAACUAUUGGCCCACAAUUUCCCCAUCCCCUAACUAUCAGAAUGAAGUUACAUCCCAUAUAGACAGCAAAACAAAGGUCAAAAGUAUACCUUCUCUAUCCUUUGACCACUGGACCAAGGUCACAACUACUCCACUUCUAUCCUAUAAUCCUCAGUCUAAAGUACCACAGACCCUGAGGCACUAUGAAAGGGGUAUAAUCUCUCCAAUACCAUUGCAGAUAUUCAGUCACAAAUACAGAGCCAAAGGUAAACCAGUGCCAUGUUCUGAUUCUUGCUCUAAAGCCUGUGGUGAACCAGGCACACAUCAGAGGGCAAGUCCUCUACCAGAGGUUGAUGAAAGGAAAGAAGAGAAAAGUGUUAAAGGUGGACUAAACUUCAACCAGUUGGUCAAAGCUUCAGAUCCCAAACAUUGGGCGACAUAUCCAUUAGGACCAAAGGAUCCUGAAACUGAGAAAAAGUUAGUCCCUAACCACCAAGUCUCACUUCCACCAGGUCCUGAGCGUUGGACUAAAGUUUUACCAGAUUCUGACCUAAGGUGGACCAAAAUUCCACCAGAUCAAGAAUACCAAGCUAAGUUUCCUCCUGACUCUAAUAUCUAUACUGAGUUUUCUCUGGGCCCCAAUUGCCCAAGUAAUGAUGAACUUGUGCCAGAUCAGAGGCCAAAAUCUCUAUUAUCUCCAAUCCGGAAGGUUAAAUCUUCUCUGGAUACCGAAUGGCAACAGAGAGAGGCUAAAAUGGGUCCUAAAUCACAAGUUCAUUUUGCUUCAGGACUAAACCACAAAGUCAAAUUUAUACAAGGCACUGACCAUAGCAUUAAAUAUGAACGAAGAUCUAAACAGCAGGAUGGAAUUUCAUCAUGUUCCAACUGCCAGACAAGAGCUACACCAGAUCCUGACAAGAGAGCUAAAAUUCCUUUAAAACUCAGAAAUUAUCCCACAUUUGCUUUAGACCCCACACAUUGGGAUACACCUUCCCAAAAUACCAAUAAUCAGGCUUCUACUUACUCACACCCUGACCAUCAAUCCACACUACCUCUGGGCAACACACAACAGGUCACAUCUCCAACCCCCAAACAAUGGAUCAAAGCUUCAGAAGCACCCAAACACUGCACCACACAUUUUCCAUUGCUCAAAGAUCCAGACACAUUUUCCCUAGCACUAGACCUUCAGCAAAUAUCUCCACUGAGCUCUAAACAUAGACAAAUGAAUCCACCAAUCUCUGAUGACCAGCUGGAUACUCCAAGAGACCCUAUCCCUUCACAUCAUGACCAUGAUGCCACAGCCUUACCACAGCCAGACAAACAGAUGAAGGUUUUGUCAGUCCCCAAACACCAGACCCAGACAACAGAGAAUAAAGAAUCCUCGUGGUAUUUUAAUUAUAUUAAACCAUAUAUAGUUGAGGGCGGUACUGUCCACAAAAAUACUAUGAAUAACAUCAUAAGUUCUAUCCCUCAGGAAGAAAUAAAAAAUGAUAUUAGAAAGCAAAUUCUUCUUAAGAGGAUGAAGGAAUGUACUCAUUUUCAGGAUAGAACCCGCCUCUGUUCAAAUUAUAUUGUCUGUAUCCUCUGUGCUUCCUGGAUUCCACAUGGCUGUCCUCAUUUGGAUAAAAUGAAUGGAGAAGCAAUAGCACAACUGUUGGCUAUUCCAACACCUGUUCCCGGUUCUGAUAUAAGGAUGGGUAUUAAAUUUAUCCUCAGACUUCCCCCACAAAAGACAUCUCUUGACAUUUACCUCCCAUUCACAAAUUUUGGUAUGCCCCACCACAAAUAUUAUUCACCUGCUUUUCCUUCAUCAUCCUGUUCAGAACCUAUGCCCUCUGAAUCUCUUCUGGUCUCAUGGCUUGACUGUAGCCAUGAUCAGCAUCAUCAGUCACCUCAGAGAAAAACGACUAAAAGUCCAGAACUAUUACCAGGAAAAAUGUCCAAGAGAAAAGAAGAAUCAGUGGAAUCUGGGGGAAUUUUCAAAGCUUUUCUGGAGAGAUAUCAAAUGAAGAGGAGGGAAAAUUAAAGUGUCAUUCUUUCCUAAA